GCGCAUACAGUCAUCUAUCAAUUGGUGCCGCACUACACGCUUUCUUCCACCGAUAUACCCUCUUUUCACGCUUUUCACGAAAACAAUCAUGGCUUCGCAAAAGAAAGUCGCAGAGAACAUGCUUUGGGGAGGACGGUUCACACAGGGCCUUGACCCAGUCAUGGAGCAGUACAACGCCUCCCUGCCCUACGACCGCCUCUUCUACGCCCAGGACAUCGCCGGCAGCAUCGCAUUCGCCCGCGCCAACAUGAACAACGGCAUCUUGACCCAGGAUGAAUUCGCAGCCAUUGAGAAGGGCUUCGCACAGAUCAAGGAAGAGUGGGCUUCGAACAGCUUCGAAGUCAAGGCCAACGACGAGGACAUACACACCGCGAACGAGCGUCGGCUGAGCGAGAUCAUCGGCAAGGACAUUGGCGGGAAGCUGCACACGGGCCGGAGUCGCAACGAGCAGGUCGCGACCGACAUGCGGCUGUGGCUGCGCGAGGAGCUGCGGACGCUCGAGAGCUACCUGGCACAGCUGAUCAAGACGAGCGUGCAGCGCGCAGAGGCCGAGAUCGACGUCCUGAUGCCGGGCUACACGCACCUUCAGAAGGCGCAGCCCGUCCGCUGGUCCCACUGGGUGCUUUCCCACGCGACCGCCUUCUCCCAGGAGCUCGAGCGUCUCCGCGAGGUCAUCAAGCGCGUCAACCGCUCGCCGCUCGGCUGCGGCGCCCUUGCCGGCAACCCCUUCAACAUCGACCGCCAUGCCAUGGCCAAGGAGCUCGGCUUCGAGGCCCUCCUGCCCAACUCCCUCAACGCCGUCGGCGACCGUGACUUCGUCUUCGAGACGCUGCAGUGGGGCUCCAGCUUCAUGCUGAAGAUGUCGCGGUGGGCGGAGGACCUGAUCAUCUACUCGAGCUUGGAGUUCGGCUUCGUCCGCCUUGCAGACGCCUACUCCACCGGCAGCUCGCUCAUGCCGCAGAAGAAGAACGCAGACUCGCUCGAGCUCAUCAGGGGCAAGUCGGGCCGCGCGUUCGGGCACAUGGCUGGUCUGUACGUCACCAUCAAGGGCCUGCCCACGACCUACAACAAGGACCUGCAGGAGUCUGUCGAGCCGCUCAUCGACCACAUCAAGACCGUCGGCGACUCGAUGCAGAUUGCCACGGGCGUUCUGUCGACGCUCACCAUCAACCCGGAGAAGAUGAUGGCUGCGCUGGCGCCCGAGAUGCUGGCGACUGAGUUCGCGGACUACCUCGUCAGGAAGGGGGUGCCGUUCCGCGAGGGCCACCAUAUCUCGGGACGUGUUGUUGCGUUGGCGGAGACGGAGAAUGUGCCCAUGGACAAGCUGAGCUUGGAGCAGCUAAAGGGCAUCGAUUCGCGGCUAGGCGACGAUGUGGUCGAGUGCCUGGACUACGAGCGUGCGGUGGAGUUGAAGAACGCGACGGGCGGAACCAGCAAGAGCGCGGUGAGGGAGCAGAUUGAGAUGCUGAAGAAGCAGCUCUAGAGGCUAUCCGGCGCAUCUAAAAGGAUGGUAGAAGAAAACUUGACGCAAGAUUAUGAAUAGAUGAAUACCCUUACCGCAG